AUGGAGACUCAAGAACAGACUCGUCCGGUCGCCGACCCCCUAGGCGAGCUCUCCCAUCAACAGCGUUUCUUCAACUACUUUCAGCAUGAAAUAACCGCUCUCCAAGAUGAAAUGGACCGUCUCGCAGAAACUGCCCUCAUAGGCGGCGAGCGCUCUGAUGCCAUGGACCAUUGCCUCGCUGGCAUCACGCGACUAUCUGGCGAAGUCAAGGACGCUUCAGGCUAUAUCCCACCCUACGAUCAGAGAACCUACGGCGAGGCUAUCAAGGCUCUGCAAGAGAAGCUGGAAGAAACACGCAGGUCUCACGCUCCUAAACCCAAGUUUUCCUUCAAGUCAAAAUCUCCUUCCGCCCUAUCCCUCAGCGAUGCUGCCGAGCUGGCGGCAGAGAAACGUCGAGGUGUACCAGGCUAUCUAUCGCCUUCCUCCAAUCCCUCGUUUGUCAAUACUCCUAGCUACAUCAACACCCCCGCCAACGAGAGGGCACAGGACGAGCAGGAUGCAAUACCCGAGGGAAAUGAGGAACCCAGACAAGAAGACGAAACCUCCGUCACGAUCAAUACCGAAAUGAAAGCACAGCCACCGCCAACCGACCCUGCACAAGACAGUGACCGCCCAUCGUUAUCCACAACGACAACCUCAACCUCCAUCUCAAAUCAAUCUGGCACACACAUCAUCCUGCCCUCGUCGGCCCCAAACACGCGAACACCGUGCUCGCUCUCGAAGCUCAGUGGGUGUGUGGUCGAUCUAUCCGUUCCCACGACCGCCACAGCACCCUUCGCGAGUAUAACCAUCACUUCCGUCUCCUCGUCUCUGAUACUCUGUGGUUCCGUCUCCGGCCCUGCACACAUCACAGGCGUAAAGAGCAGCGUACUCGUGCUCAAAUGCCGCCAGUUCCGCAUGCACGACUGUGAGAACGUGGAUGUCUACUUGCACUGCACGAGUCGACCGAUUAUUGAGAAUUGCAAGGGUAUAAGGUUCGCUGUAUUGCCCAAGUUCCAUAGUGACCUCAUCUCCGAGUCCCAAGAAGAUCCCUCCGCCGUGCCCAACCAAUGGAACCAGAUCGACGACUUCAAGUGGCUCUCCCCCGAUAAACCCAGUCCGAAUUGGUCACUGUUGCCACCUGAAGACAGUGUACCAGAUGAGACCUGGCGAGAGAUCGUCCCUGGUGGACCUGGCUGGACCGUGGGUGAUAUCCUGAAGGCCGCGGGUGUGGGUAGCGGUAGUUGA